UACGUCACUCCCAUGUUUAUCCUUUACAGUUUUGUAGUACGCGUCAAAGCCUUGUAUUGUAUAAACUCGAUUCCGUUCAAAAACAAAGGUGUCCAAGAGCUUCCGCCCUCAGUACAAAUCUUAAGAUCGAAUCACAUUCUCGUUCAGACCGAUUUGCGUGUUUCCGCAUCUCGUUUUCUAUCCUAGGUUUUCAAAGGGACCCAAAGUGCCAGGGAAUUGAUGCUUCUGAGAAAAGAUGAAGUUCUGCAAGACGUACCAGGAGUACAUGCAAGGGCAGGAGAAGAAACAUCCCGGGGUUGGCUUCAAGAAGCUCAAGAAGAUCUUGAAGAAAUGCAGAGUAGACUAUCAACCCCAGGAUCAGGUUGCCUUCAUUGACGAAGCCACCGCCCACACCGUCCGGACAUGCCCUGAUCAUUGCCCUGUGUGCGAUGGGACAUUCUUCCCUUCACUUCUCAAUGAAAUGUCGGAAAUAGUAGGCUGCUUUAAUCAGCGAGCGCAGAAAUUAUUAGAGCUACAUCUCGCUUCUGGCUUUAGAAAGUACUUGUUUUGGAUCAAAGGAAAACGGCGAGGAAACCACACUACUCUCAUUCAAGAAGGCAGAGAUCUGGUUACCUAUGCACUGAUCAAUGCUGUUGCUAUUCGAAAAAUACUCAAGAAAUAUGACAAGGUUCAUUAUUCAAAGCAAGGGCAACUGUUCAAGUCUCAAGUCCAGAGUAUGCAUAUGGAAAUUCUUCAGAGUCCUUGGUUUUGUGAGUUGAUGGCCUUGCACAUCAAUUUAAGGGAAACCAAGUCCAAGUCCAGGCAUGCAGCCGUGUUGUUUAAUGGAUGUUCUCUCGCAUUCAAGGAUGGAAAACCAUCAAUUACUUGUGAGCUCUUUGAUUCCAUCAAACUUGAUAUUGACUUGACUUGUUCUAUAUGCUUGGACACAGUAUUUGAUCCUGUUUCUCUUACUUGUGGCCAUCUAUUCUGCUAUAUGUGUGCUUGCUCAGCUGCAUCAGUCACUAUUGUUGAUGGUCUCAAGGAAGCAAAUCCUAAAGCAAAAUGUCCUCUCUGCCGAGAGAGUGGAGUUUAUGAAGGUGCUGUCCACUUGGAAGAAUUGAACAUUCUGUUAGGUCGAAGGUGUCCAGAGUACUGGGAAGAAAGACUCCAGACGGAGAGAGCAGAGAGGCUUAAGCAAAUAAAGGAGCAUUGGGAAUCAGAGUGCAGGGCUGUAUUGGGCGUCUGAAUUAGAGCACUAAUUUCUAGCUUGGCUGAGCUCAAUCAUAGUUUUAGGCAAAAAUUUGUGAAUGUCCAUUUAAUCAAUUGGUGUAUGGCAUGUAAUAUGGAUUUCUAAUUUGUUUGUUGUUGUCUUCUCUACCUUGGCCAUGAGGUACCGAGCAAGCGGGUUCCUUGGCAUUGAUAGUUGAAAUCAUUGCAGGAGAACCCACAAAUAGGAAAAGCCUGACUCCUUGCUUAUUGGCAUAUUGAACUGUUCUCUCUCCCGUUGCAACUUUGCGUGUAAUCAACUAAUAAAACAUCCUCUAUUAGCUAUUAA